AUGGACUCAGAGCCAGGCUCCCCGAACUCCUCUUCCUCGUCCGGCACAUUGCCAGACGAGCCCACUUACUCCAGCCAGAUGGGUGACAGCAUCGCGUCCAUCUUCCACGCCGUGACAUCGCCGAUCAAGCGUCCAUUCGCGUCGGGGGGAACAGGCCCGUUCGGCUCACAUAACGUACGCGAUACGAAAGCAAGGCGUCGGGACGGGCGCGAUUUCAUGAAGGACGAUGCUCCCAGGAGAGGCGGGUGGGGAUCGCGUGACGAUCUGGUAGAUACUCCGCUAGUCGACCAGCUGCGCGCGCAAUUUGGCGACCCCUUCGAUGAUAGCAUUGUGAAGAAUGCAGAGCGUUGA